AUGGCACUUCACAGGGAAACAUUGGCUUUACACCCAGAUGGUCACCCAGAUCAGACCAAGACAUUAAACAACCUUGCCAAUCAAUAUUCCAUUCACCUCAACCUUUCUACCUGGUCCUGGCAGCAAGGUAAUGACCAAGACUUGGAUGAGGCUAUCACACUUCACAGGGAAGUGCUUGUUUUGCACCCAGCCGGUCACUCAGAUUGGCCAAAGUCAUUAAAUUGCCUUGCAGGUAGACUAUCCAGCUGCUUCAACGAUCGAGGCAAUGGUCGGGACUUGGAUGAGGCUAUCACACUUCACAGGGAAGCGCUGGCUUUGAGCCUAGUUCAUGAGUCGCUAGCCACAGUCUAUCUACUGUUCUAUCAAUCAGGAAUCGAUGGCCCUGGCAGUCUGAAUGCUGUCAUGGAUCAUCUCAAGGCAGCAGCAAAUGUCGUCUCUCGAGGUUUUCUAUCUCGUUUGCGAGCAAGUCUACACUGGGUGCACCAUGCUAGUCAACAUUCGCAUGGCACCGAACUGGAGGCAUAUGCGACUUCCAUGCAACUUUUGGACGUUUACAUGUCUGUAACAGUCUCUGUAUCGUCUCGCCAUAACGCCAUAAAGGAAUUCCCAAGUACACUUGCUGUGGAUGCUGUAUCCUGUGCUCUUCGUAGUGGUGACGACCCCAAGGGUCAAUGCAGAAGCAGCAGCAACUCGGUACAGACGUCUAGUGGAGGACUGGAAUGGAGUUGUGAAGAGGUCCCGAAGAUCGAGGGCUUCUCUCGCUUCCUACUCCCGCCCUUGUUCUCCGAUCUUCAAGAGGCGGCUCGUGAUGGGCCUAUCAUCGUGCUUGUUGCAUGCAAGUCGUCUUGUAAUGCCAUUAUUAUCCCACACAAACAACCUCCGAUCAGCAUUCAACUCCCUACUGAUUUUGAGAAACUCGCUAGAUUGGUGGACGCACUCCAGGAGGCAGUUCAUAAAGAGGCUGGUCCUAAAGGGAAACAACCAGCGCUGACAAAAGCUUUGAGGGAGUUGUGGGGCAAUGUUGUCCGCCCGGUGGUCGAGAAAUUGGGCGAAUUUGCACCACGAGGUUCCCGAAUAUGGUGCCCGACGUCUCUCUUCAACUUCUUGCCGUUGCACGCUGCUGGCGAGUACAGGGCAAAUGGAGGGUCCCUUUCGCAGUAAUACGUCAGUAAUACGUCUCUUCACACACGCCAUAGCUUACUGCGCUGAUGAAGGCUCGCAGAAGUCAUGACAGGUGCCUGUCGAUACCCUUUGCUGUCGUUGGUCAGAAUAUCCCAGCCGGUGCUUCAUUCACUUUGGAUAGUGUGGAGCCUGAGCUGGAAUUGGCGCGGAGUCUUCUGCCGCAUCCUCCAACAGUUUCUUUCACCAAAAUAACGAGCGUUGAUGCCACGAAAUCGAUAGCACUGCGCGCGUUGCGAGAUCAUACUUGGAUGCAUUUCGCGUGUCACGGGAAACAAAAAUACGACGAACCCUUCAAUUCGGCCUUUCUCACGCGCGACUAACCGCUUUCACUCCUCGAUGUCACCCAAAUGGAUCUCUCUCAGCAUCAAUUUGCAUUUCUUUCUGCCUGUGAAACUGCAGUCGGUGACUUCGAAACGCCCGACGAGGUGAUACAC